GCAAAGGAUUUACAAUACUACCCGUAUGCGGAUGUACGCUCCACCGUGAAACGCUCCCGCUGCCCCGUGAAAUUUGAUGUCAAACGCACCGAGCGUCGUCAUGAAUGCAUGGCGACAUCCGCAACAGUGGGCAUGUAUAACGUGGCUACGGACAUCUCAAGCCAUCCACAUCGCUUGGUCUGCAUGGACCGUGACACUGGACGUGAGGGACAUUGGCUGAACAAGCCACCCGCGUACCAAUCGGUGCCUGAGUACAUUGAUGUCACGAACGCCCUGAAGAUGGUGCGACCACGCAGACGUGUGGCGACCAUGGCUGCGCAAGUUCCAGAGGACGGCCACGACGAACGUCCGAAGGCACCCGAUAAUACUGUUUCCAUUGAGAGAGACCUUAACUUCCCGAAGAGCAUCUUCGAUCAGUGUGAGGCGAGGAGGGUGCGGCGGUUUUCGACAAUGGUUGGCCGGAGUACUUCGGCGCCGCUGAAUUCUUAUGAGGCUUCGGAGAAUGUUGAGUUUACACAGGUCACCGCACGUACACCAUGCGCUAUUAUCCACGCAAAAGCCCCCGGACAUGCACCACUGCACCGACCAAACCCGACAGAAAUUGGUGAAGUGCCAAACCUCAGGUGGGUUAAGCCAAGGACAGAGCGCACAGUGGAUUUUGGUGUGGUCUCCACCGUGUCACUGCCGCCGCUCAUAACAAAGGACCUAUGGUACGAUACAAGCAAUCGCAAACUUGUAGAGUCUCGAGUGAAGGGAAAUCCCAUGAUAGAGACGCAAGUGUCACGUGAGAAGCGUGCCAAAAUAUUCUCCACGGCAGGCUGUGGCGCCCACACGGUGUACAACAUUGAUCUGCCGCGGAGAGGCAAGUCGGUGCCUGUGUUUGAAAAGCAAAUCACGAAAGAAACCCAAUUCUGUGGACACCGGCUGCAGUCGGAGCGGUGGCAGCGGAAGUACCCGCGAGCACCCGGCCCUGGUCACUACAAUGUCUCCUAUCGCCUCGUGGAGUAA